AGUUAACGUACAUACCAUAUGAUCCAAAUCAAGUACUCGGCGUGAGUGGCAGUUACAUGGGCAAUUCCCAAUUGGUACAGAGACCUGGCCCGAACGUACAAGCCUCGGCUAAUAGUUAUUAUAGUGCAACUUCGGCUGAUGUAUUCCCCGGAUCGCAAACAGGUUUCUAUCAGCCGGGCGGUGCUACGCAACAGACCGGCACUCAUUACGGACUUCAGGGAUUUGGUCAGCACAGCCAGAGCUUGGCAACCGGCAGUGCUGCUCCUGUUGGACUUCAAAACUUCAGCUCAGGCUUUUUAUCUAGUUCGGGAUUACAGAUUGCUGCAGCUGCAGCGGCUCAGCAGUUUCGCAAUCCAACAGGAGGACUGCCCGGACCAGCAAACGCAGGUCCUACUUUUCUUAGCAAACAUCAACCGCAAGAUCAGCCCAGGCAAUUGAAGAGUCCAUCGGGGAAUCAGCAAGAUGUCCUUGCAUCAGUUUUUAGUUCUACUUCGCAAAUACCAUCUCCAAAAUCAAGGAACUGUAAACAGCAAUCUUCAUCUCAGCAGCCACAACCUAGUCCGACACAACAUCAUAAAUAUCAACAGUACCAAAGUGUUAGUCAGUCAACUUUGAUUUUACAACAAAAUAUACGUGGUAUGGGGAUGCCACCACGCGCUGGAAUUCAACCGUCACAGCAAAGAUAUCCACCGCCUAUUCAGAGACCAGUUGUUCCAUUUACACCGGGUCCAAAUCCGAACAAUCCUUCGCAACAACAGCAACAGCAACCGAAUUGCAUGCCAUCACAACAGCAGCAGCAGCAACAAGUUCAAAUCAACCGUCACAGACCAAACCUGCAUCAACAACAACAGCAGCAACGAAAUAUGAAAAUGCAACAACAAUACUAUUCCACCCAAGGUUUGCGCUUAUUCCACGAUAACACGAACAUUCGCCACGGAACUCGUAAAUAAUUCAAUCGCAAUAAU